AUGUUAACUCUCGAGGACCUUGAAGAUAUUGAUGUGGAGCAGGAAACUGUUCUUGACCGAUACUAUUCCAAGAAAUAUUACGUUGAUGCGGGCAAGGUUGAGGGAAAUGAUCAGAUAGUGGCUCAACAUCACAACGGGUUGUGCGUGGUUAUGAUACCUCCGACUCACCCAAUCUGCUCAAAAACAGUGCAGAGUGUUGAUUACAAGAUUAGUGACACAUGUGAUCGGUCUGACAUCGUUUUGUCCGGCAAAAAGAAACGGGGAGCUUCGUUUAUGAAUCCCCAAUCUAAGAUGUGUACUGUGGUGUGCACAGAUGGUUCAUCUUACGUUUUGCUAUGUGGUGUUCGGGGUAAACUGUUAGAGGUGAACGAGGCCUUGAAGACUUCACCCCAGCUUCUAUCCGAACGAUGUGAUUCAGACGGGUACAUUGCGAUAAUUCAACCGAAGAAAGAAGAGGAGAAGAAUGCGCUGAGAGAACUUUUGUCCGAAGAGGAUUUUGUAAAACAUAAACAAUCCAGGACUAAUAACAAACAUAAACUUAAUGAGACUGAGGAAUCUGAUUCAAAGAGACUUUGUCAAUCAUAGCUGGAUCGGGAUAUAUUGGAUUGUCAAAUUAUAUACUUUGCCGGAGAAACCGCCAAAUUAUGAAGUUUUAUGACGAGGCCACUAUCGGUCACGGUUUAAAAGUUUAUGUAUUGUGACGCGCGGGACAAUUUUAUCAGCCUAAGCUUGCGGCUCUAUUUGUAAUUUCACGUGUUUCAGUUUCUACGUAGCGCGCAACAGAAAAAAUGUUUCGGUUUACAUAUUAUAG